AUUUUUUUCAGUUCAUUGUGAGACGUGGUCGAAGUCAUACCGGUCUCGGCCGUCGAGGCGAAGGGUUGUCUUUUAAAAAAUCAUUUUGAGCUUUUACGGUCGCGAGCUUUCGCUGAGUUUUGGACAUUGAGUGCAGUACAUAAACAGUGCAGUUUGAACUUGAUUAAUGCUCUACCGAAGUGGUGUGUUUACUAACAUUUGCCGAUCUUAAGGGGAAGUAAUGCUGAGCUGUGCGCCGCCCGCCGGCAUGCCGCCCGCGCCGCACGCGCAGGCCUGGGGCUCCUACAACCAACAGCCGAUCAUUAAAUCGGAACCAAUGGAAGACGGCAGCUUCUCAAAGGAACAGACAAGUGGAUUCUAUUCGGAGGGAUUCCACAGCGCUUCGCCGUCUUCUUCGAGCAAAGACUCUAAUGGACAUUCGCCUAGAAGCGUCGGCAGCUCGGGGGAACCACUACCAUUCUACGACAACAUGCCAUUAAAAGCUAAAACCAAUCUUGGCAUGCAUUUAGAGUCUUAUCCUAAUGGCAUGCCGUAUAACCUUCUUACACCUCCUGGCUUUGUACACGGCAGGAACAUUGAAGAAUGCGAGCAAUCUCCUUACGAAUCGUACUCUCCACGGUCACUGGCGCCGCCGGCUCACGUCUCUACACCAUUGGCUCGCGCUGAUGCUACUCCACCUAAAUCUCCUAGAACACCUACGUCCCCUGAUGGAGAACACGAUAGGCGGUCUUUUGAUCGAUACCACGACUCCGGCUUUGAUGGAGUGGGUCAAAACAAAGAAGACGAUGGCCAAGAAGGAUCUGGACUUGAAGAUUUCGACGAAGAACCUGGUCUCCGCGUACCGGCAGUUAAUUCUCAUGGAAAGGUAAAAACAUUCAAAUGCAAGCAGUGCGAAUUCGUCGCCGUCACUAAACUUAGCUUCUGGGAACACAGCAAGGAACACAUUAAGCCUGAAAAAAUGUUAUCCUGCCGAAAGUGUCCCUUUGUUACGGAAUACAAGCACCAUCUCGAGUAUCACAUGCGAAAUCACCUCGGAUCUAAGCCUUUCCAAUGCAGCCAAUGCUCUUAUUCGUGCGUCAAUAAAUCGAUGCUGAACUCUCACCUUAAAUCGCAUUCGAAUAUUUAUCAAUAUAGAUGCAAUGAUUGCAAUUACGCAACGAAAUACUGCCAUUCGCUGAAACUGCACCUUCGCAAAUAUAAACACAAUCCGGCAAUGGUCCUCAAUGUAGACGGAACACCAAAUCCUCUACCAAUUAUUGAUGUGUACGGAACCCGACGCGGACCGAAACAGAACCCCAUGAUGAAGAUGUUCGAACAGCACAACAUUCCCAACAACAAUAAGCCUCAACCUCCUCCACCAUCUCACCCUCUAUUUGGGAAUCAUUUUCCGAUAAACCUACCCUACUUACCUCCACUCUUGCCCCACUCUUUCUUAUUCCCACCAAACAAUAACUAUGAACAGCAAAGAACUUCCCCUAAAAUAAACGAACACCCUGUCGAGCAGCAACCAUCUCCCCGAUCUAUAUUACACCAACGCUUGUCAUAUGGAGAGGCGUCUUCCAACGUCACAUCUCCUCCCCCGACAAAGUCACCAGCAAGUCUACCUCGGACACCAACUGCUCCGCGCAGUGUUUCUCCAACUCAUGCAAAUGAUGCACUGGACUUAACAAAUACGAAGACUAGCGAGGCUGGCUCACCUCCACCUAUGGAGAGUUCCGCCAACGCAGUAACACCGACCACGGCAAUGAAAAACAGAAGAAAAGGUCGGGCUUUCAAACUGCAACCUGCAGCUUUACGGUUGCAACAUGAAGACAACAAAAUGGAAGCGGAUGCAUCCGAUUCAGAAUCCGAUGCGUCAGCUGAUGCUCCUACAUCGACAGCCUCAAAUGCGUAUUCUUGCCAAUACUGCGACAUCACGUUCGGCGAUCUCACCAUGCACACUAUCCACAUGGGAUUCCAUGGGUACAACGAUCCUUUCAUGUGUAACAAAUGCGGCGAGCGAAGUGCUGACCGUAUAGCGUUCUUCAUACACCUCGGUCGGGCACAACACGCCUGAACUCAUCAUAAUAAAGAAAGUUGCAAACGAGUAAACCUAGUCAACGCUGCUUGGCGUUCGAAACUACUAAGAAACUAAGUCGUAAAGAAUAGAUUGUUAGCUUGGUUAGGAUUAAAUCAAGUAAUUUAUUACAGGAAUAUUUUCAAAUCAUGUUGUUAUUUUAGCCAAAGAUUAAUUUUGUUACAAACUUUUAAAGAUAAGUUAAAAUACUUGAUCCUAAUAUCUGGCUGUCAACCUAGAUUAAUCAUUAAUUGUAUAGUUUCUAUUAUUAUCUUUAUCUCUACUAAUAUUAUAAUGCUGAAGAGUUUGUUUGUUUGUUUUGUUGAACGCGCUC